GGGAGCGCGGUGGGAGCGGCACCGGGACCGGCACCGGGACCGGCACCGGGGACAGGAACAGGGACACGGGACCGGGACACGGGACCCCGGACCCCCCUCCUGCUCCUGGAGCGGCGGUGCGGGAGCGGCGGGAGCGCGGUGAGAGCGGCACCGGGACCGGCGACAGGGACACGGGACCGGCACCGGGAACAGGAACAGGGACCGGGACCGGGACCGGGAACAGGAACAGGAACAGGAUCAGCGACACGGGGACAGGGAUACGGACACGGGACCUCCCUCCUGCUCCUGGAGCGGCGGGGGGAAAAUGAAACAGGAGUUUUAGACUUUGAGGACUCACUAUGGAAGACUCAGAAGGACAUCACUUCAGCUCAGUGGAAGAGGAAACCAGAUACUGGAAGGAGUUGGCAAUGAAGUACAAGCAGUGUGCAGAGAGCACACAGGAGGAGCUGCAUGAGUUCCAGGAGGGGAGCAGAGAGUAUGAGGCUGAGCUGGAGGCUCAGCUGCAGCAAACAGAGUCCAGGAACAGGGAGCUGCUGUCAGAAAACAACCGGCUGCGGAUGGAGCUGGAGUCUGUGAAGGAAAAGAUUGAAGUGCAGCAUUCAGAAGGAUACAGGCAAGUCUCUGCCCUGGAAGAUGACUUGGCACAGACAAGAGCUAUCAAAGAGCAGCUGCAGAAAUACAUUCGAGAGCUGGAGCAAGAAAAUGAUGAUUUGGAAAGAGCAAAAAGAGCCACUAUAAUGUCCCUGGAGGAUUUUGAGCAGCGUUUGAACCAGGCUAUUGAGAGAAAUGCUUUUCUGGAGAGUGAGCUGGAUGAGAAGGAAAACCUCCUGGAGUCUGUGCAGCGCCUGAAGGAUGAAGCUAGAGAUCUACGACAAGAGCUGGCAGUGCAGCAGAAGCAGGAGAAGCCCAAGACCCCCCUGAGGGCUCCCCUGGGAGCAGAGAGAGCUGAGAGUGCAGUCCAGGCAUCCCUGUCCGUGCCCUGCACGCCCGCCCUGCGCCGGAGCCCCCCCAGCAUCCCCCCCUCGGGGGGCUACAGGAGAGGUCUUGAGGGCAGCUAUGGUGCAACCCCUCUCACACCAGCUGCAAGAAUAUCUGCACUGAAUAUUGUGGGAGACUUGCUACGAAAAGUGGGGGCCUUGGAGUCCAAACUUGCCUCUUGCCGGAGCUUUGUGUGUGAGCAGUCCCCAAACAGACCCUCAGUGUCCCUGCUCAUGGGCAGGGAUGUGCUUGAGACUGGCCUGGCUCCUCACCAGCCUCUGUGUGACACAGGGCUGGUGAGGCGCCUGCAGUUUGGGUCACGGCCCUCACACCUUCCAGGACCUGGCAGCCAUCCCCCACAGAGUGUUGUCAAGAUGCUGCUGUGAAAAGCCUUGGAGGAAGGAGAAGAAAUGUGUGUUUCAAGCUGGUUUUAAUGAGAAUAUCGACGAGCAAGCAGCCAGCAGUGCCAGGGGGUGAGACCUGAACAAGUCACAGCUGGCCCCCAGAGUGUCUCUGGGUGACAAAUGUGACAGAGCAGUGCUGUCUGUGCAGUCAGGGCUGGCAGCUGCUUCUGCACCAGCUCCUUGGAGGUUGUUCUGCCCCUGCCACAGCCACUGUCCUGCCCCAGCUCAGCAAUACCCACCUGCAGCUCCUCAGCUGUGGUGUUAGUGCAGCACCAGCUCUGCAGUUCUGCUCUGCCAGGGCUCUUGUGCUGCAGUCACCCAGACUAAAGGGUGUUUUUAUGUGCAGAAAGGUGGAUUUCUGCAGGGAAGCUGCUCAGCUCCUCCUGGGGUGUUUGCUGGCCAGGGUGUUGCUGCCUCUGCAGUGACAAGAUGUUUCUGUGAGCCAUGAUUUCCCUUCCAGAGCAGCUCCUGGUUAAAGGUGAGACAUGUCUGCUGCUGAGAGUGCUCAGGGCAUCCCAGAGCUCCUUGCAUGUAGAUACAGUCUUUUAAUUUUGUUUUUUUAACCCCAUAGUGGCUGGUGGUUGUAGGAGGCCAAACCUGGUCAAGUUUCUAGUUCUAACAUCUUGAUGGGUGGGUUUUACUGCUUUACAAACCUCCCCUCACUAAGGUGCCUUGGGUGUUAGUGAUUUUUUUUUAUUGUUUUACUUUUCUAUAUGAAUAUAUCAGGUGUUACUAAUUUAGAAAUGCUUUUUUAACCUGAAAAGCCCUUUAUGCUAGAGAAGUGUAUAUGAGUAGAGAAUUAUUUUCAAAUAAUUUUCCCCCCUGUAGAAUAUUACUGCAUUUGUUUUUAAAUGAAGUAGAUUCACUCUGAGUGUUAAUGUAUUUUAUAGAAGCCUGUAUUUCUAAAACUAAUAAUGACUUAACAGUUGUUAUGUUUGUUUUUGGUUUUUUUUUGUGGCAGAGGAUGGGGAGAGCUUACUUGACAAAAUAAUGCAUAAAUGGAUUUGAUUUUUUGCUUGGUUUUUUGUUUUGAUUUUUUUAAGGAAUUGCUGUGAAAACAGCCACUUCCUUAAAAGGAGGCAUCUCUUUCUCUAGAAUCUGUAAAUCACAGAUGAUUUCCAUUUCUCAGUCCACCCAUGAAGCUGGUUUAACUGGGGAGCAGAAUAAAGCUUAUUUUGAAUGGGA